CCGACUCCAAACUCUCUCUCUCUCUCUCUCUCUCUCAAACCCUAGAUUCGAAUCCGAACCCUAAAUCCUCCUAGAAAUCUCAGAUUUCGAGCAGGGCUGUUCAGCCCAUCGAUUACAGCCCUCAAAAUUUGAAAUCUCUGGUUUUUGUGGUUCGAUUCUUCAAUUCCGUUGCAGAAAAUGAGUAGUAGGAAGGAAGAGGAGCGGAACGAGAAGAUCAUCAGAGGUCUGAUGAAACUGCCUCCGAAUCGGAGAUGCAUCAACUGCAAUAGCCUGGGGCCACAAUAUGUUUGUACGAAUUUCUGGACUUUCGUAUGUACAAUUUGCAGUGGAAUACAUCGUGAGUUUACUCACCGUGUGAAGUCUGUAUCAAUGGCUAAGUUCACUUCGCAAGAAGUUGAUGCUCUUCAAAGAGGUGGCAAUCAGCGGGCCAGGGAAAUCUUUUUGAAGGAUUGGGAUACGCAACGGCAAAGAUUGCCUGAUAGCAACAAUGCUGAUCGAGUCCGGGAGUUUAUAAAGAGUGUCUAUGUGGCUAGAAGAUAUGCUGGGGAAAGGACCUCUGACAAGCCUCCAAGAGACAUGCAGGGCCAAAAAGGCCAUGAAGAUGACAUCAGGCGCGCCAGUUCUUAUCAUUCCUAUUCUCAGAGUCCUCCUUAUGAACAUCAAUACGAAGAUCGACGAUAUGGCAAACCAACUGGUAUCCUUACUAGAAAACCUGGUUCUGAUAGGGGACACUAUGAAGGGAAGAUAUCUAGCUUCAUUUGUAGCCCAGGUCGCUCAAUGGAGCAAAUGUAUGACGACAGGUUUUCCAACGAGGGCUCUGUUGCAAGAGUUUCAGACUACUCUGCAUCUAGUGCAGGUGAUACAUUCAGAUCCAACAACCAGUCACCUAGUUUUCAAAAGGAUGUGGGAUUGAGCAGCCCACCUAUGCGCCCUGUGCGAGAUAUCUUAGUUGAAGAUGUUAGGCACCAAACGACAGGCACACGCUCUGAAGUAAAUGCCAGGAGAGAUAGAACUGCAUCUGCAGGCAGCUUUGGAUCCUUUGAUAGCAACUCCACAUCUCUUAAAUCAGUUAAUUCAGCUAGCUUACUUGACAAUGCACUAGAGCCUGAACAAUCUACUGGAACCCAGCAAGGAGGCACGUCUCUUUUCCCCUCUUUGCCGCAAUCAGCUGCUUCUGCUAGUACUGUCAGCAAUGACCCUUUCAAUCCAUCUUUUAUACAACCGGUGACAACUUCUUCAGCUCCAGCAAUUGACUUAUUUGCUGAUAUCACUGAUCAGCACACAUCUACAAACUAUUUAGAGCAGAAACCAUCCACAGGUCCUUCAACGGGAAACCAAGGAUGGGCCACAUUUGACUUGCCUCACCAUGCUACAUCUGCUCCUGAAAUGAAACAUGAACACCCUGCUAGUGUGCCUCCUGGGAGCGGAGCAGCUAAGGAAAACCAUGAGGUGUUUCCAUCUGUAAAUAACAGCAUGCAGUGGCCGCCAGUUCAAGGUUCCACAGCCCAUGGACCAUUUUCAUCUAUGCCUAAUCAGUGGCAUGCUGACGCUAAUGGAGUUCCUGCACCAAUUGCUCCAACAAGUUCCCAGUCAUGGAAUGCUUUUGACGAUCUCGCUGGAAAUCUUCCUCAAGCUUCCUUUAAGAAUCUCCCACAGACGAGUGAACCACAAUUUCCAUCAUUUACACCUAUUUCUGGUGACAACUAUAAGAGCUCCAUAAUUUCACAGGACUUCAGCAAAGAUGGGGUUCAAAGAUCAACUGUAGAUGGCCUGACAGAUCUGACUUUUAAUGGCGUCAUUACUGGGUCAUCAUUUCUUCAAUCGGCUCCUCCAUCGAUGGGUGGGAUGCCGUCACAUACUCAUGAUUGGAAAUCUACAAAUCCAUUUGAUCUUCCAUAUGAUUCUGAACUGGAACCUAACACUCUGUUCCUGGAUAUGGGCUCUUUGCAAGCAGCAUUGCCAAACCCACCAUUGCCUGCUGCAUUUCUUGGCGGCAUAGCUGAUCCGUGGUUCCCUCAGAGUUCAGUCAUGGUUCCUGCCACACCCCAAGGAGGAUUGGUGUACAUCGCAGGACAAGCACCGCCUUCUCAGUUGCCGAACAUCCCUUCGCAAGGCCCUGUUGCUUCCAUCGGCGGGAAUCCAUUUGCAUAGGAAGAUGCUGAUGAAAACAUACUUUCUCUGUCGAUCACCAUUGCUGGUAAACCUGACCAUGACUCGUCAUCACAUUCUCUUGUGUGUUAUGGACGGGCUUUCCAGGUACCAUUCAUGUUCACAGCGGCAAUAGAACUGAGUCUUCUACAAUAAUUUCUGAUUGCCUUGGCAGAGGCUCAGGGCACCAUUCUUCUAUGCUAAUGAAAACUAGAGAAUCAAAUGGUUGCGGUUAUGACUGGGCUGUGCUUGUAAAAGCCGGAUCAACAGUAGAACCCGGGACGGCUUGCCAGUUUGAUGGUGCCUGUAACUCCGUCUUGUAUACUGAGACCAUGAGCUCAGGUAAGUAAUUUAGGAGUGUUUUUUUUUUUUGCAAUCGAAACUGGUCUUUGUAUCAUCUUCCCUUCUCUUUCCCAUGUUUGUACCCGCUGGGAUUCCUCCCCUAUAUUUUGUCCUAUAGAUUCACUGGUGGCCCACCAGAUCAAAGGUGUCAAGCUUGACAAGUGUGGGGUGGACAGCUCUUCGUAUUAGGAUCCCUUUCAUUUGCAAGCAUGCUAAUUCUCGUAGAUUUUUGUUUCCCAUCUUAAUACCCCCAUCUCAAUGGUUUGCAUGAAGAUUGAAAAGAC